AUGAGUUUGAAGAACAUGAAGCUCGACGAUCCCGUGACGUUUGCCGGCUGGGUAUUCAAAGAGGGCAGUCUCGUGCGGUCCUGGAAAAAGCGCUUCCUAGUGUGCAAGCGAGCCGAGAUGGCGUACUACAAGAACACCGACAAGGAGAACCACGCGCAGCUGCUGGGGGCGCUCACGGCCGCCCACAUUGAGCGUCUCCCGGACAUUACGAACGGGCUAUUGAUUCACGGGACGGAAGGCCGGCAGCUCAAGAUCUUCACCGAUACAAAAGCCGAGUGUGAUCGAUGCUACGCGGCAAUUCGCAAGUACUGCACAGUGCAAAACGAUGGCAGAGGGGACGCUGAUCAGCGAAAGGGGUGGCUCGAGAAAGAAGGGCAGCACUUUCGGACUUGGAAGAAACGCUACUUCGUUCUGAGCGGUAGGGAGUUGCGCUACUCGGCAACGAUUGGAGCUGAGUCAUUGGGCGGUGGCUGUAUCACUGGUGCAAAACGAGACGCUACGAGGCCUUUCACGUUGGCAGUGACGUUUGAAGGAGGGCGCGAAAUGCGCGUUGGAGGCAAGUCGGAAAUGGACAUUGACGACUGGCAUAAGGCUCUGAGACGUGGGUUAUUGGAAGACGAGCGUCAAGGUAAACGGCCAAAGGCACAGCGUGCGAUUGAUGAUGACCCGAGACAUGCACGAGACAAGGAAUUUGCCAAACGACAGGCGAGUGCAGGGUCGGAGCGCGCGAUGAACGCGUCAGUGACGGAAGACGAAGCAAGCUCCUUGUUCGACUCUGCCUCUGCUGGCAUCGAGGCUGCGAAGGCAGCACUACAAGAGAUGCCUGACACUGGAGGAGAUGCACGUGGGGAUGGCAAGUUGAAAGCGAACAAUAGCCCGCCCGAGUCCUACGCUCCUAGCUCGUUUCGACGCCACAUUGUGGUGGAAACGAUGCCCGAUAACACAGCCAGCUUUAUUGAAGUAGCAGAAGAGCGUGGAAGCGAAGACUAUGGCGAGAAGCCGUUCUCUCCUACUGCACCGGGUAUCACUACAAUCCGCCGGAUGCGACUAACGGAGAAGCUAUUGCAAGAAGAGCUGGAAGAAGAGCGUCGCGAAGCCAUGAUGAAGGAGAACACGGUGCUCAUGCGUCCUUUUAGCAAGUCGGAUGCCCCCGAUGUGAAAAGCUGCUGCUGCGCUGUCAUGUAA